AGCUGCGGAACCCUUUUCCGCGAACAUUAAACGGCUCCACUUCCUGUGUUUACCUGUCGGUGUUUUUAGCCGCUGUUCUUAUGUCUGAUGGGGGCUUUUCGGGCGUUUUCGGUUCUUUUAGUCGCCUUUGCUUCUUUUGGUGAAAGUCUUGCUAGUUUGAACGGCUCUACGACCGAUUUCGACUCGUUCAGGAAAAAGUUUCACCGCUCGUAUGAAGUUAACAGCGAGGAAUUCAGCCGUCGUCAGAUUUAUUUUCAGAAAGCUGCAGUGCGACAUCUACACCUGAACUCAUUCUCCACAGAGUCACAGUCCGCCACGUAUGGCAUUAACCAGUUCGCUGACCUUUCACAGAUGGAAUUCAGGGAUGUUUACCUCCGAGCAGAAAGCAGCAGCAGGGCUCCUGGCUUCGCUGGAUUGACCAGAACGGGGCUCCCGGCCAGAUUUGACUGGAGGGAUAAGGGAGUGGUGGCACCGGUCCAGAACCAAUUAGCAUGUGGGAGCUGCUGGGCGUUUAGCACCGUCGGUGCCGUGCAGUCGGUCCGUGCUAUGGGAGGCCUGCAGCUGGAGCAGCUCAGCGUGCAGCAGGUUCUAGACUGCUCCUGGGAAAACCAGGGCUGCAACGGAGGCUCCCCCUCCCGCGCUCUGGCUUGGUUAAAACAGACCAGAGUGAAGCUGGUGCGUGCCUCGGAGUAUCCGUACAAGGCUGAAACAGGAGCCUGCCAUUUCUUCUCCCAGUCUCAUGAGGGCGUUGCUGUGAAGAACUUUACCCUCUAUAGCUUCAGCGGUCAAGAGGAGGCGAUGAUGGGUCAGCUGGUGACGUUUGGCCCCUUGGCUGCUGUGGUGGAUGCUGUCAGCUGGCAGGAUUACCUGGGAGGCGUGAUCCAGCACCACUGCUCCAGCCAGUGGUCCAACCACGCCGUCCUGGUCGUCGGAUACGACACGACCGGGGACAUUCCUUACUGGAUUGUGCAGAACUCCUGGGGAACGACAUGGGGGGAUCAGGGUUACGUGUAUGUAAAGAUAGGCGGCAACAUCUGCGGUAUCGCAGAUUCUGUGGCAGCUGUUUUUCUUUGACGACAGUUUGCAUGAGUCACUGUGUGUGGGUGCUUCCCUUUGCCAAAAUGAAAUAAGUCGUCUGUGCAAAGACAGUGUCACUGUGGAUAAAGCUUUUUAUUGAAAUGUAGCCAUCUCGUGUCACCAAAACAAAUAAAACCCCUCAUAUGUUUGCAA